AUGGCAACAAGAGCACUGCUCAAGAAACAAAAAGAUAGACCAGACAGAGUAGAGACUGAUUACUCGAUGACAAUUGCUAUGAUACCAUUGAAUCUGCGGUUUCUAUGGUUUGAUGAAGCGAUUGAAGAAUACGAAAAUAUGAGAGAUGAAUUUUGUAAACAGACCAACUGUGAUUCAUCUCGUUGGUUCAACACAACGAAUAAGACCGAGUGCAUUUCAUAUCUCGCGAGACAGCCAUCGUCGGACAAGACUGUUCUUAUCUCUGCGGGCAGUCUGGCUGAAAGUAUCGUGAAAUCUAUUGACGAACAACAUAAGAACAAGCUGCAUUCACUCUAUAUUUAUUGUCAUAAUCCUCAACGAUAUACAAAUCUGAAAGUCACCUUGAGCAAAAUGGUUCCAGUAGUUGAUAUAUUUGUUCAUCCACAGAUGUUGAUUACAUGCAUGAAAGAAAAUUUAGCCAUUGAAUCACGUGUAUUGUUAUCAUCAGAAUUACAUACUAUUGAAUCGAAUGCAACGGUACUACCUCGACAACAAACUACAACGGCAGACCCGCAAAAUCAUCAACUCAGAAUCGGUUCACACUCAAAUCAAAAUAAUCCAGCGGACUCAACCGAUAUAAUUCAUAUCAUAAAUCUAGAAAUCGCUGAAGCUCUUGCCAACCACCGUCUUACUCUCGAGAAAAAGCCAGAAUUGACGCUCGAAGAUAUAAACAAGGAAAUGGCCGCUUCUGUAGCAACGGGCAAACACAAACGAAUUGGAUUUGCCGCUCACAAUUUGAAGAAAGAAGAAUUAGUGCAAUGCCUAAAAAAGUAUACCGAUAUGCUCCGUGAGCAUAAACUUUAUGCUACAGGUACCACUGGACUCGAGAUCCAGAAAGCACUGAAUGUACCCAUAACGCUAUUUAAGAGUGGCCCGAUAGGUGGGGAUAUACAACUGGCAGAAUUGAUUGUCACAGGCAAGCUUGACAUUCUCAUCUUUCUGAUUGAUAGUUUGACUGCUCAUGCUCAUGACGUUGAUGUCCAAGUACUGAUACGAGCAGCUCGACUGUAUGACAUCCAGUGUGUAACAAAUAUCGGUGCCGUUGACCAAAUAUUAACUUCGCAAUGGAUGAAUAAAACUAGCAUACGAAAAAUUCCAGUCACUGGAUAUCCGGAAAAGGCCACCAAAUCGAAAUGA